AAGCAAGGAUACUUGUGAUAAGGUUGCUAAAGAAUUAUCUGAUAAAGGGCCAGGUAAAGCUGUUAGUAUACCGGCAAAUUUACAACAUUUAAAUGAAGUCAAACGAUUAGCUAAUGAAAUUAAAGAACGUGAAGGAAAGCUACACAUAUUAAUUAAUAAUGCUGGUGCGAGUUGGGGUGCUCCUAUUGCUUCUUAUCCAGACGAGGCAUUUGAGAAAGCUGCAUCACCAAAAGAUCCGGCAAGAGUAAUUAAUAUUGGAUCAAUUGCCGGUUUGGAAACACCAUUCAACGAAACAUAUGCAUAUUCAACUUCCAAAGCAGCUUUACUUCAUUUAACAAAAGUAAUGGCUGGACAAUUAUCAAAUCGUCAAAUUACAUUUAAUAAUAUUGCACCUGGACCUUAUCAAUCAAAAAUAACGGCUAAAGCUUUGAAAGAUCAUGGCGAAACAAUUAAAUCAGAAGUGCCUUUAGAUAGAAUUGGAGCAGCUGAAGAUAUUGCCGGUACCGCGAUUUAUUUAUCUAGUAAGGCCGGCGCUUUUACUAAUGGUGCUACUAUUACAGUUGAUGGCGGUUUGAUUUCUAGACCCAUUAAUUCCAAUUUAUAA